AUGGAGAACGAAGAGAGGGCCGCUCUAGAAUCCCGCUACCAAAGUGAAUUGGAAUCUGUGAGAAAUGAAGUUUCCCGGAUGACCAAUCUGCUUGAGCAACUUCUAAGAGCCAAGAACGGGGAGGGAACGUCUACCCAACCACCAAUAGGAGCACCGCCAGCUCAUGUCCCUGGGGUAUCUCAGAACUUGGGGGCAGAUUCAGUAACGGAGCAGCACUUUACACCUGCCAUUCCCAUCCAGCCCACUCAAGCUCACAUCACCUUCGAUUUAACAGCGGAUGGGCCUUCCGAUAAUCGGUCCACUGGUUUUAAGAACGACGACAAGAUAUCCGCUUUGGAAGAAAGGUUAAGAGCAGUUGAGGGAAAUGAUUGGUUUGACCCCAUGCGAGCUUCUGAAGUAUGCUUGGUACCAAACAUCAUGGUACCAAAAGAUUUUAGGAUACCGGAGUUCAUAAAGUACACUGGGUUGGAAUGCCCAAACACUCACCUUCGAUCCUAUUGCAACAAGAUGGCUGAGGUGAUCAAUGAUGAUAAGUUGCUGAUCUAUUUUUUCCAAGACAGUCUAGCGGGGUCUGCACUAAGCUGGUACAUGAGGUUGGAUAAUGCCAAAAUCAAGAAAUGGAAGGAUUUGGUGGAAGCUUUCCUUAAGCAGUACAAGUUCAACUUGGAAAUUGCUCCGGAUCGAACGAGCCUUAUGUCAAUGGAAAAGAGAAGCCAAGAGUCGGUAAGGGCUUAUGCGCAAAGAUGGAGGGAUGAGGCAACACAUGUGCAACCCCCUUUGAUAGAGACGGAGAUGGUGACUUUGUUUGCCAAUACCUUCAAGACACCUUACUACGAGCAUUUAAUGGGUAGCUCAUCUCAGCAUUUCUAUGAUGCUGUACGCGUGGCAGAAAGAAUAGAACAAGGGAUUAAAGCUGGGCGCAUAACGGAGCCUUUAGAGAAGAAAGGUUUCGUAGGAAGGAAAAGGGAAGGAGACGUUAACAACUUGGAAGGCGGAUAUAAAGACAAAAAAGUAAAUUACCAAAACCCACAAAUGCCUACCCAUCAAUUCGCCAACAUGAACUUUACCAAACCUUUUAACACCAAUCGAACAAAUCCCCAGCCAAACAACCAAAACAACCACCAAAGGCCAUAUGCAGGAUACACUUCGGAGCAGCUGCCUCCAUUACCCAUGCCUUUAAAGGACUUGUACGCUAAAUUGCUGAGCAUUGGGCACAUAGCUCCGAUCCUUCUACCGCCAAUCCAACCGCCUUUUCCCAUAUGGUACAAACCAGAUUUAACUUGCGAAUACCAUGCUGGUAAUCCGGGGCACGGAAUUGAAACCUGUUACGCCUUUAAAAGGAGGUUGUUAGAGCUUAUCAAGAGGGGGUGGGUAUCUUUCGAAGACAUGCCCAACAUCAAUUCAAAUCCAUUGCCUAAUCAUGCCACAAGUAAUAGUGGAGUGGGCAUGAUAGAAGUUGGGAAUCAAGGCAAGGCGUUGAAGGUAUCCAUGAAGAAGUUGUACGACAUGUUGGUACAAUCAGGAUUUUUAGAGAUAAAGGUUGAAGGCCAUUUGGAGGGAUGUGACUAUUGUGAGUUCCAUGGUAGAGAGGGACAUCAUAUUGAGGACUGCAUCGAGUUUCGCGAGAGGAUUGCAAAAAUGAUGAUAAGGGGAGAGUUGAGGAUCGAACCCCUAGAGGGCAGUCGUGACGUGAGUAUGAUGGAAGGUCAAGAUAAAAUGUCAGGAGUAUGUAGGGUCCAAUCAACAGUUAAUGGGCCUCCAAAGUUAAUCUUGGCUAAACCUUCCUACACAAAAGGAAAUCACAAUGCCAUGCCUUAUAAUUAUGGUUAUGCCUCCAACAUUCAAGCCCCUCUUCCUUUGUUCCAAAAUGAGAUCAGUGGGUUAACUCGGAGUGGCCGGUGCUUCACGCCCGAGGAGUUGAGGAAAGCAAAAGGCAAAGAAGUGGUAGAUCUUGACAAAGCACUAGAAGUUAAUAAGCCGGUAACUGAAGAGGAGUCGAAUGAAUUUUUGAAGUUGAUAAAGCAUAGCGAAUAUUGCAUAGUAGAUCAACUAAAAAAGACUCCAGCAAGAAUUUCCCUUAUGUCCUUGAUACUCAGCUCUGAGCCGCAUCGAAACGCUUUACAAAAGGUAUUGAAUGAGGCGUAUGUGCCCCAAGACAUUGAACAGAAAACCAUGGAGCAUCUAGUGGGAAGAAUCCAUGCAACUAAUUACCUGUACUUCACAGCUGAUGAGCUUGAUGCUGAAGGUACCGGACAUAACAAGCCUUUAUACAUUACUGUUAGGUGCAAAGACUGCCUCAUAGGAAAGGUACUCGUUGAUAAUGGCUCAGCUCUUAACGUGUUGCCAAAACACAUGCUGGAAGAGAUGCCAAUUGAUGAAUCUCAUAUGAAGCCGAGUACUAUGAUGGCCAGAGCAUAUGACGGCUCACCUAGGCCAAUAAUUGGGACUUUAGAAGUGGAGCUGUAUGUGGGGCCACAAAUGUUCUUAGUGACCUUUCAAGUUAUGGAUAUCCACCCUUCUUAUAGUAUGUUGUUAGGAAGACCUUGGAUUCAUGCGGCUGGGGCGGUAACUUCAUCAUUACACCAAUGCUUGAAGUAUAUCAUGAAUGGGAUAUUGGUAACUGUCAAAGCUGAGGAGACAGUAUCCCUGAUGAAGAAUGUGGCCAUACCUUUCAUCGAGGCGGAGGAUCGCGAGGAUAACAAUAUCCACGCUUUUGAGAUUGUGAACACUGAUUGGGUACCUGAGAACACAGUACUAAGAAGGCCAAGGAUCUCAGAAGCAGCAAGGAUGGCAGCUCAAUGCUUCUUAGAACGCGGGAUCCCAUUUCAGUAUAACCCUAUCACUAGGGUACCAGAAAGGGUUAAUUCGAUAAAGAUGAAAGGUGUUGAUCAAAGAUUUGGGCUGGGGUAUAAACCUAAAAAAGUGGAUCAUCAAUGGGCUGCUCGUCGAAGAAGGGAAAGAAGAAUUGCUAGGAUUGAAGGAAGAGAUCCUAAAGAAGAAAAGCUGGAAAUCCCUCCCCUUAGAGUGUCGUUCCCAAGAGCUGCAUAUGUAAUGCAACCCGAUGAAAGAGCAGAAAGCCUUGGUCAAGAACUGUCAAAUAUGAGCAUAAACACCUUGGAGGAGAAUAAGGUGGAAGGAGGUGGCAUGAAGACGGUAGCGGGAAAGAAAGAUGAAGCACUACCACAACUAACUAUCCACACUUUGGAAGAAGUAUCUGCUAAGACCUUUGUACGAAAGCUGGCCGAAGGCGAGAAGUUUCAAAACUGGGUGACUCAAGAAGCCCCAGUAGUAUUUAAAAUGAACUCUGAAAGUGGAUCUUCCACAACAUCACAUACACUUAGCAUCAAGAAUGAAUGGCCAAACUUUAACGAACAUGUGAUCACUAUGGAAGAAGAAGAAUGGGAUGAAAGCAAUAUUAGGGAAUUUACAAAGUUAGUAGAGCUAUAUGAACAAACUUGGGAACCAGCUACAGAAGAACUAGAAACCAUAAACGUGGGUAGCGAUCAGAUUAAAAGAGAGUUGAAAAUAGGGACCUUAAUCACUCCUGAGGAAAGAGCAGAGGUAAUUGCCCUAUUACAAGAAUAUGCAGAUGUUUUUGCUUGGUCUUACGAGGAUAUGCCUGGUUUGGAUAGAAAUAUUGUCGUACAUAAGAUACCGCUGGAGGAAGGUUGUAAACCAGUCAAACAGAAGUUGAGGAGAGCCCACCCGGAUAUUUGGAUCAAAGUUAAGGCAGAACUUGAAAAACAGUGGAAUGCAGGCUUUCUAGAAGUAGUUAAAUACCCACAAUGGGUAUCCAACAUUGUUGUCGUGCCAAAGAAAGAAGGAAAGAUUAGAGUUUGUGUGGACUUCCGAAAUUUGAACAAAGCUAGCCCUAAAGAUGAUUUUCCUCUGCCACAUAUAGAUGUUCUGGUCGACAAUGCUGCACGUAGUUCCACAUAUUCCUUUAUGGAUGGUUUCUCGGGAUACAACCAGAUAAAGAUGGCUCUAGAAGAUAAGGCGAAAACAACUUUUGUUACACCGUGGGGAACCUAUUGCUACAAGGUUAUGCCAUUUGGUCUGAAAAAUGCAGGAGCCACCUAUCAGAGGGCCAUGGUAACUCUGUUCCAUGAUAUGAUGCACAAGGAAAUUGAGGUGUAUGUAGAUGAUAUGAUUGCCAAGUCCAAGAAGGGAGAAGAUCAUGUAAAGGUUCUGAGGAAGUUAUUUGAGCGUUUGAGGAAGUACGAACUAAAGCUCAACCCGGCAAAAUGUUCUUUUGGAGUUAAGUCUGGAAAGCUGCUAGGAUUUGUGGUAAGUGACAAAGGUAUAGAGGUGGAUCCUGAUAAAGUGAAGGCCAUCCAAUCCAUGCCAUCCCCAAAGACAGAGAAGGAGGUGAGGGGAUUCUUGGGAAGAUUAAACUAUAUUGCCAGAUUUAUAGCUCAACUAACCACAACAUGUGAACCCGUCUUCCGGCUAUUGAGGAAAAAGAAUCCUGGGAUUUGGAAUGAGGAGUGUGAGGAGGCAUUCAAUAAAAUCAAGCAAUAUUUACAAAGUCCGCCCUUGCUUGUUCCUCCUAUAUCAGGAAGGCCUUUAAUAUUGUAUCUAACAGUAACUGAAACAGCUAUGGGAUGUGUAUUGGGUCAGCAUGAUGAAACCGGAAGGAAGGAAAGGGCUAUUUAUUACCUGAGUAAGAAGUUCACCGAAUGUGAGUCUAGAUACACGGUGAUAGAAAAACUCUGUUGUGCAUUGGUAUGGGCGACAAAAAGAUUACGACAUUACAUGUUGUAUCACACCACUUUGUUGAUUUCAAAAGUGGAUCCACUAAGGUACAUCUGUGACAAGCCCUAUCUCUCAAGCCGAAUUGCAAGGUGGCAGGUUUUGUUGUCAGAAUAUGACAUAGUAUAUAUGACAAGGAAAGCCGUGAAGGGGAGCGCGAUUGCCGACCACCUGGCUGAUAAUGCUGUUGAAGAUUAUGAGCCAUUGGAUUUUGAUUUCCCUGAUGAAAAUGUAUUAUCAAUAGCUGGAGAAGAAGAGAAGACAGAUUGGUGGACCAUGUUUUUUGAUGGAGCAGUGAAUGUUUAUGGUAAUGGGGCCGGCGCGGUAAUAAUCUCUCCUGACCAGAAGCAGUAUCCGGUUUCAGUUAAAUUGUAUUUUGAAUGCACCAAUAAUACAGCUGAAUAUGAGGCUUGUAUCCUGGGUUUAGAAGCUGCGUUAGAGCUGAAGAUCAGAAAGAUAGAUGUAUAUGGUGACUCAAUGUUGAUUAUCUGUCAGGUGAAAGGAGAAUGGCAAACCAAGGAAGAAAAGUUGAGGCCGUACCAGGAAUAUUUAUCCGCACUGUCAGAAGAAUUCGAAGAGAUAAGAUUCACCCAUCUAGGAAGAGAAGGGAACCAUUUUGCGGAUGCUUUGGCCACGUUGGCUGCUAUGGCUACAAUUGAUCUCGGGCAUAAGGUACAUCCUGUACACAUAGACAUCAGAAAUAACCCAGCUUACUGUUGCUCGAUUGAGGGAGAGGUAGAUGGAAAGCCUUGGUACUACGAUAUCAAGAAUUUUGUGCAAAAUCAGGAAUAUCCAGUGGGAGCUUCGAAGAUGGAUGAGAAAACCCUAAGAAGGUUGGCCAUGGAUUUCUACCUCGACGGAGAGAUUCUGUAUAAAAGAUCAUUUGACGGAACCUUGCUAAGGUGUUUGAAUGAGACAGAGGCUAAAAAUGCUUUACGGGAGGUACAUGAAGGAGUUUGCUCAACUCAUGCUAACGGCCAUAUGGUAGCAAGAAAAAUACAAAGGGCUGGUUAUUUCUAGAUGACACUAGAGAAAGACUGCAUCGACUAUGUCAGGAAAUGUCACAAAUGUCAAGUGCAUAGUGAUAAGGUCAAUGCGCCCCCGACUCCUUUGAUUAAUCUAGCAUCUCCCUGGCCAUUUGCAAUGUGGGGGAUUGAUGUGACUGGACCUGUUAACCCAAAAGCUAGCAAUGGGCAUAGAUUCAUACUCGUAGCUAUUGACUACUUCACGAAAUGGGUAAAAGCCAGUUCAUACGCCCAUGUAACACAGAAAGUGGUGAAGAGGUUUAUAGAAAAAGACUUGAUUUGUCGUUAUGGUCCACCAGAAAAGAUAGUGACCGAUAAUGCACAGAAUUUCAACGGCAAAAUGAUCAUGGAGCUCUGUACCAAAUGGAAAAUCAAGCAUUCAAAUUCCUCACCAUAUAGGCCCAAGAUGAAUGGUGCCGUAGAAGCAGCCAACAAAAACAUCAAGAAAAUUAUCCAGAAAAUGGUAGUCACUUACAAGGAUUGGCAUGAGAUGUUGCCGUUUGCUCUCCACGCAUAUCGCACUGCAAUAAGGACCUCAACAGGAACUACUCCAUAUGCUCUGGUAUAUGGAAUGGAGGCGGUGAUGCCUUUGGAAGUAGAAAUCCCUUCGUUGAGGGUGUUGAUGGAUUCAGAAUUAGAAGAGACUGAAUGGGCCAAAGUAAGAUAUGAACAAUUGAACCUGAUCAGUGAAAAGAGGUUGGCUGCAAUUUGUCAUCAUCAACUCUACCAGAAAAGGAUGGCCAAGACAUAUGACAAGAAGGUUAGACCUCGCGUGUUCCAAGAAGGAGAUCUAGUGCUGAAGAAACUAUUGUCUUUACCAGGAGAAGAUCAAAGCAAAUGGGCCCCAAAUUAUGAAGGUCCUUAUGUAGUGAAGAAGGCUUUCUCAGGAGGAGCUCUGAAGUUGUCUAGAAUGGAUGGAGAAGAUCUAGCUAGACCUGUGAAUUCUGACUCUGUAAAGAAAUAUUAUGUCUAAUGUGUUCAGUUUC